AUGAAAGGAAAUAAAUCCCCAUGUUUCUUUACAAGGCUUCCAGAACAGUUCGGUGGCAAGAUUCCAUUUAUUGUCACCGAUCUUGUCUCACGCUUAAGAGAGCUUAAUGCGAUCAAUGAAGUCGGUUUAUUCAGAUUAAAUGGUUCACAAGCUGAUAUAAACGAAAUAAUUGCAAAAUUAGAUAAAGGUAAGAUUGCUGAUUGGUCAAAAUACAGUAAUGUUCAUACUUUAGCGAAUUGUUUGAAAAAAUAUUUCCGAGAUAAAGUUGAAAAAACUCCAUUUUUCCCUGCAACAUUUAAUAAUACUUUAGAGCAGCUUUCUACGAAAUCAGAACCAGAAGUUACUUCCGGAUUGAGAGAGAUAAUUCUCCAAUUACCAAAAGCUCGUAUUUAUACACUCGCAUUCAUCGGAAAGUUCCUUGUUGACCUAAAGCAAAACAAUGCCAAGAACAAAAUGAACGCUAGUAACAUUGCAAUUGUAAUUGGCCCUAACUUCUUCAAUUUCGAUCCAAAGAUAACCAACAUUUUAUUCUGUAACUUACUACAGCAUUACGACGAAAUUUUUAACGGAUUCGAAGUUACCGAACAAUUAUUUUUGACUGAUGAAGAUAUGGAAAUAAUUGCUGCUCCUCCAAUAGACACAAACGGAUUGCUUGAAAUAAUUACACUUAGAAAAUCAUCUGUUAUCCCUUAUGUACCUUCAUAUGUACUUAAUGACCCCAACGUAAGCCUACCAACGCGGAAAGUUUAA